GUUCAGCAAUGCGUAGUCACGUGCUAGAUCACCCUGCGCUGUUUCCUCCAUCGGCUUUCACCGAAACAUCUUCCUUCGCCAUGGCAUCUCCCCCCGUUAUUUCGUCACCUGCGGGUGAUCCCUCUCUUCUCGAGGAAAAGCGAUGUCGCGAUCAGGCUGUUCUUGUGGGCGCAUCGGCCUCGUUAUUCGCGUUUGUAUUUACUGUAUUCAGGCGUAGACCUGGCGCUGGUUCAGCGCUGGCGCGAUCGCCAAAUGGGAUGGCCUUGAUUGCAGGUGUGACUUCCGCUGGGGGAUACGGCGUAUAUCGAUUAUCGUAUGCGCGAUGCAAGGAGAGAGCUGUUCAGAAAAGCACACCCUGAUAGUGCAGAUUACAGUCCCACUAUAUUGCCCGUUUUCUAGCUGUUGGGCCUGUAAGGGAAGCUGCCAGCCGGAUCAUUACCAGUGAUGUUUUCACGAAAAGAGUCACUUGAGUGAGUAGGCGGUCUCGGACGACAGAUCUACGACCAGUUUAAUUAGAGAAGAGCGUUGGUCUAGUGGGAAUGGGGGGGAGACUUAGCAUAUGUAGAAUUGACUCUGCGGUUCCAUUCGCCGACAUAAUAAAGUAAUCCUCAGCUACAGAUUCUCUUGUAUUCACCUGGCGAGGAGUCUGUCC